GGACGAGCACUUCGUGGAGCGGUCGAUUCCUCGCCACCAGACUCGGGUAAGCUUGUUAAUUUGCAACUUUUUAUCCAUAUACGUUAUGCAUGUCUACUGACUUAUUUCUUUGAAAGUUCUCACGCGAGGUGGUUUCGGCGAUGGCACGAUGCAUAGAUGCCCUCCGGAGCCAGCUUGUCGGGAUGAGGAACGUGGCUACCUACCGUCGAGACGACGCCGUUCAGGAGGGUCAGUCCAUUCCUUCUCGUACCCGCACGAGACCUGAGGCGCGGAGGGAUCCGGCGAGGUCUAGCUCGAGACACCGCCGUACCGGUUCGGGAGGUCGGGGCGGUCGUUCUGAGGCUGCUCGUACCGAGGCGGUAGAGGGCUCAGGCUCUUCAUCUAAGGGUGCACAUGCUGCGCCAGUAGGCCAGGGGGAGGCUACCUCGGCUCUUAGAGGUGGUGGGUUGUACGAGGUUGGCUCGUCAUCGCAGCAGCCUCCGCAGCCUCAGCCUCAGGUUGAUCUUGGGUGGACGGGUCCUGUGUUGAGCUUUCCUCCUCCCGCGGGAACUGGAGCUAGAGCUGGAGCUGGUGGAGAGGUUACUCCUCGUACGGCUGACUUUGUAUAGAAAUUUGCCUUUUAGUUAGACUCAUUUGUUAGACACGUUUUGUAUAUACAUACUAUUAUGAGUUUAUUUUAUUUAUCAUGUUUUUUUUUCAUUUA